AUGGUCAAGCUAGCCCCACAUUAUUUUGCGGUAAGAGCGCUUUCACAACAUUUUGCUGGAUGUGCAAAGGUACUUUUUUCUACAGAAGCAGGGAUAUCACAACAGGAGGCAGUGGAGGUGUUGAAGAUUUUGCACCAGCAGAGGGCAGCCACAGAGAGCUUAACAGCACUGGAUCUCCUGAACCAAGAGUGGGGUUUGGGGACAUUUUGCUGGUUGGAUAAUGCCCUUGGAGGGGAGUGCUUGUUGAAGACCACUGACAUCUGUGGAGCCCCUAGUGUCGGAAAGACUCAACUAUGCAUGCAGUUGGCUGUGAAUGUACAGAUUCCAGUGUGUUUUGGAGGUCUGGGAGGAAAGGCACUGUAUAUAGACACAGAGGGAAGUUUCUCCACUGAUAUAGCGGAGGCAGCCACGCAGCAUUGCACCUUGUUAGCAGAGGAUGCAGGUAUGAAAAAAGCCCUAGAGGAACUUAUUGUAAAGAACAUCUUUUCCAACAUAUUCCUGGUCUGUUGCCAUGACUAUGCAGAACUGUUAGCUGAGGUUUACCUCCUACCUGACUUCCUGGCUGAGCACCCUGAGUUGCGGUAAGUAGUGAUUGAUAGCAUUGCCUUCCCGUUCCGGCAUGACUUUGAGGAUCUUUCUCGAAGAACCCGCCUCCUGAACAGCCUUGCCCAGCAGCUCAUACAAUUGGCAAUACAACACAGCUGAAACAAAGGACAAUGAAUAACAAACAGCCAUUUUUAAACAUAAAGCAUUUAAAAAUAAAUGUAUUUAUUCAGAAUAAACACAUUUUGUAAUUAUGUUACUAUGUGUCCCUAGGUUGUUACAAAAAAAUUAAUUAAAUAGAUUUACAUUGAGGUGGGAGCUCAAAACAUAUUUAGGGACAAUAAUAUCAUAGAGACUUGAGCAGUAAGCAACUACCUAAAAAACCCACCUGAAACACCCUAGCAACCACAUGGCAAUGUAAUUGGAACACUCUAGCAUCAUGGUGCCCAAAUUUACACUGGCAAGCAACACUCACAUAACUAGAAUAUAAAAAUCUAGUUGUGUUUGAAGGUGUUUGUUUUGUGACAGUAUGACUUAACUGCAUUAGUCUUUUAGUCCACCCAACCUGACACAGCAAAAUGUUGCUUUAGAAAGUAGCAGUCAACAUCUGUGGUGUUUUUAG